AUGACUUUUAAUGAUAUUUAUUUUCGAUAUUAUAUUUCAAAAAGAGAAGGUUCUCCUCAUGAAUUACCAAAUAUAUGUAAUUUCCCAUCUAACUUAUUGUUUAAUGCACCUGAGAAUUAUAAGCAAGAAAUUUUACCUUUAGAUGCUAUAGAUAUAAUGUAUACUGGCUAUUAUAAUUUUAAACAAGCAUAAUGUAAUUCAAGUGGCUUAAAGUUGGAUCAUACAUCAAAAUUGCAAAGAUUUAUCUAUUUAUACUUUGGAAAGAUAUCCUUCUUUAUAACAACGAGAUUGAUAAUAGUCUUUAAGUGUUUUAUUGAUGAAUUUGAGAAUGUAUCGCCCAUGAUGAUGCCAUUGCUUUAGAAUUUCA